GAAAAAUUUGCUGCUUCUGCUCUAGUCUCAGACGAUUGCUUUGAAAAAGAGAAUGAGGAUGAUUGUGAACAAGGGGAAAAAAACCCAAGUGACCUAGUUUUACUCGCUUUACUUCCCACAAGGGAAAUUAAUGAGACAGAAGAUGUGCCAUGUGGUGCAGGCAGUGGAGCCAACACAUUCCAGUUUCUGAUUCUUUCUAACAUGUAUACAGGUAUUGUCUGACACUGGUGAGGCAGGUAAAGCAAGUUUGUCCUGGGAAUGCUCUCACACAUGAGGGAGUUUUACAAGUUCAGAAGAUACCUGGUGGCAUCCUGGCUGAGAGCUCUGUAGGUGUGGCUGUGGCCGUGUUGUGAGCUACCUCCUAUGACGCUUCAUUUCCUGCACACACAGUGUGGCAUACUAGAAGCAAUACAUAAUACAUGGCAAUGCUGAGUGUAACUAAACCAGAUGUGUGGAUAAAGACAACCUCAAAUCAACUGACUGUAACGUUUGCUCAAUCAUGGAGAAUCCAGUUCUUCACAUUGUGUUUCUCUCAUGCAUCAAGAGGUUGAGUCAGACUUUCUCCGAAGUGUUCACGCCCUUCUACGGGAACUCGAUGGACACCAUCCAGCCUUCCAGAGUGAGAGAGGGAUGUUACGAUGGACUUUGCACAAGAAAAUUGAUAGAAAUCCCAGCAACGGAGCCAUCUUGAUCAAAAUUUUGGUGAAAGAGCUGGAAAGGGCAGAAAGAUGUAACUACCAGCAUUAUAUUAUCCCCUUGCUUCACACACUGAUGUACACGAUGAUAAAGGCCCCCUGCAUUCCUGAUGAGCUUUAUGAGCGGGUAUAUGAUUUCUGCAAGAAGCUUCUCACUUUGCCCAAACCUUACUGCACUAUUGGCCUGGAGUAUGCUCGGCAAUUAAAGCUGGAACGGAUGAUGCCAGGUGUAUUGUACCAACGAAUGGUCUCUGCAGAGCAAAGUCUCAAGAAUAAUUCAUUUCCUUAUCAGGAAAAAGUUUUCAUGUUUGCUGAUCCAGAUUUGCUCUCUGUGUCUGUGUGCCAAGCAUUCAUUGAAGAAAUCAAGACUGCUCAAGCGUCCCAGUGUGCCAGGUCCUGCAUGCUUUAUGUGAUAGAGCGAGCCUUUCAAACCCUGCUGAAGGAGGAACAGCAUGAUGCGAGCAACCUGCACAGCAUUCUUCAGGCAAUGCCCUUAGAUGUGACUGAGCUUUGUUUUCAGCAAAUUAUGGCAGCCAUUGAACAUACAGGAAGAACGGUGAAUGUGGAAUAUAAUCAAUAUGUUGAGGAACUGAGAAAAAUCUACACCGCCUUGCUAAGCACUUCAGAGGAAGAUGUACAGAAGGAUGAAGGAGAGAGAAGCCCUGGCAUUCCUUUGCCCAAUCCAAGGAUUAGUUUUCACUUGUGGAGAGAUGAAGACCAGCUUUGGAAGGAGCUGGUGCUGUUCCUUCGUUCACCAAGUCAGUCCUGUGAGCAGGAUUCUCUGAACCCAGAACUCGAUAGCUUUGAAUUCCAAGACCUGCUGUCAGAAUAUGACUGCUGUGAGCAGGCACGUUUCUCUGUGCUCUCCAAUGACAGUGGAAUUGAACGGGAUCUGGCCCUGCCAAGUAAUGAAAUGUCAUCUUUCUGCACUGCUGAAGCUGAGCGUUCUCGGCUCCAGAGAAAGGGAUGCAUGAAGAAGAAGGGAACUUCUCUGGAUAGCUUAUCUUUCCUACAGAGUGGCUGCAGUGGGGAAGGGACAAAGCCUACUGAGAAGCUGCACCGGAAAUCUGGUUGUAGUAUCAUGGAACCUAUGGCCCCGAUGAAGAGACUGCACACAGCUCGUGUCUUGGUGCUGGGUGAUGACAGAGUUUUGGGGCGCCUUGCCCAGGCAUAUUAUUCCUUGAGGAAGCGGGAAAGCAGACGCACUUUUCUUACACGGAGGCUAAAAGUGGAGUUUUACUAUGUGCCUGUUGCAGAGGAACAACCCACCUCUUCCCCUGCUGAGGAAUAUGCUCUGCCUGACCAGACAGAGCUUUGUGAGUUGGCUGCUUAUCUUGGAAGAGCUGACCCAUGGUACGAGAGCAACAUUAACACCCUCUGUCACAUGAUUCCAAAGCUGGCCACCAUGCCCAUUUCUCCAAGCAAAGCUUCGGCCUCUGAUCUAUUCAUCAUUGAUGUAAUUGCAUACUAUUUACGUCUUGGUUUACAGCCAGUCUUCUUCCAAGUCUAUGCUGUGAAGCUUCUCUUCAGUAAUGCAACUUUAGAACCAGCUGAGGACAUUUUCCUCAUUGAAUUGAAUAUAACGCUUGAAGAAUUCACCCCACCCACAGACAACCUCCCAGUGAAAAAGAAACCAACCACAGAGGUUCCUGGCACUGAUCUUACACUAUUAUAUAAAAAGGUCUUGCUGAGUAACCGUGAAAAACAUGAGUCAGUUUCUGUGCGAUCCACAGGCUUGAUUAUGAAAGCCAUACCCUCAAAUGAAAUUGAAGAUCUGGUGUGUCUAAGUGUGAACAUUGCUGAAGUUGUAAAAAUUUCCAAUAUCUCUGGACGAUCAUAUUCUUUGGUGACCAACACUAUUCGAACACGGAACAUCAAACUCAGAAGUACAGAGCAAAGGUCCUUCACUGUGUGUUUGGACAAAGACUCCAGACGAGUUUAUAAGAAUGUGACCAGUAUUGAAGUUUUUCCAUGCCUGGAACCUAGCUACUGCUUGCAAAGGACAAAAAACAAACAGACCAGUUUGCAGGAAGAAGAAGACGUAGGACUAGCUAAAUACCUACCAAAAUCUUUAUUACUACCUAUCAACACUUUUGCGGGAAUUAUUCAGUGAUGCGU